CUAUUGAUACCCCCUCGCGCCAUCCUUAUAAGGUUACAACCACCAAUAGCCAACCUCAUCCCUAUGCAAGUCACCCCCGCACAAAUUUUUGGGCACAAGCAUCUGCUGAUAUAAUGGAUCACGUUGACUCUCAACGCCGCGAUGUCCCUCAUUCACGGCCAUGGAACGGUGAGUUCUGUCGCCAUCUAUUCAAAUCAUUAUACGACCUAAUGUGGCACCUAUGCUCUGUCUCUCCAAGACGCUUCUGAGAUGCGCACCAGAACUCAACAUAAUACAGAGAAUGCAUGGCUCAUAUAUGACCAUUCCACACGACGAACAAUGCCAUCAAACAUCAACGGCACCCAAAAGGCCCGCCCCCAUCCGUUUUUUGCGCCACUACUCGUAUCAUUGAUAUACGACCUGCGCUAUCCACCCACCACUCUCCGUUUUCCAUCAUCAUCUCCAUUUGCGGGCUGCGGGUACGAGCUCCUCCGCGUCCCACUUACGCCAGAAAGGCCUAGGCAGAUACGGCUUAUCAGCCCAAAUUUUCCUUGGGCGUUUGACAUCGGCCCAACUGCCGGAGAAGAGGUUGUGACGUGUCUUGACGUUCUCUCUACUCUGCACGCUGAAUUGCAGCGCCCACUUACAGACAUGGAGUGGGGCACUGCUGGAGACGAAAAACGCGCGAGUCUUAUCAGAGCAUGCGACCGUCGCCUAUGUAUACAACUUGCGUUGCACGGGAGCUCAAAACGCACUAGACCCACAGUGGGCUUUGAGAAGCCUGUGCAGCGAGAGCCGCUGCUGCUCCGUGUCGACUGGCUUGGAUCUAGCGUUGCAUUCAUGGGACUUGUCAAGGAUGAGGCUGUUGCGAGGAGGAGAUUCGUUCCAGGCGGUGGGGAUUACCCUGAGGUGUGGGUGGUGAAGUUCCAGAAAUUAUGACUCUGAAGGUCUGGAGAAAACGUACACAUAUCUUACUGUUGCCAGUGAUGUCUAUUGUGUGAAUGCUACGGGGAGUGUGGCGCUGCUUGCGUUGGAAUCGGGUGUUGAAGUCGUGCAAGUCAACAGCCGCUGGUAACGAGAGGAAGGAAGAUCUUGCUGCGGACACCAUGCGAUGAUAAUGUAAUGAUAGCAAUGCUGGACACGUUGGAUUGGCGCAGCCGCCUGACUGUCCGUGCACACAGGCGUCUAGAUGAUUCUCUGCCACCGUACAGUUAUAUGCUCGAUCAUUGCAACUUGACACCGCGCAGGUGCGACACUGUCAUUUUCGCGAUACGUUGCCUUGGUGUCAUUUUGGUUGUGAUGCAUUUCAGAGCACGCACCACCGUGUCACAUCUUUGCUCUCUGCCCGGCCUUCUUGGCUAUCCGUCGUGCGUAUAGCGUGCAACUCAGUGGCG